UUUGCAUGAAAGUGAAAAAAGUUUCAUCAUUUCGCAUGUUUUCAAAGUGUGUUUUAUGUUAUGGAAAGUUGUUUUUCUUCGAGUUUGGGUUUGUUUAUGAGGCUUGCAGAGUUGGUUCAGCUUCCUGUCUCGAAAUAUGCCCAAUUUGUUGGGUUUAAUGUUUUGUUUAGAUUCUUGUUUCUCAUCGGUUUUUGUUUCUCUGGGUUUGUAAAUGUGCUCGUACUUUCUAUCUAUGGCUGAGAGUUGAAGUUUCCUUUUUGGGAGCUUGGGAAUUGAAUUUUUUGGUGAUUUAUUUAUUCAGAGUUCAGAAUGGCAAAAACCAGUCACGGUUCCAUUUCAUUGGUUUGCUUGUUCACUCUUCUUCUAGUAAAGUUCCAAACAUGACCCACUCAAAGUCUUUCUCUUUCUACUCCUUUUUUUUAUUUUUUCAUUUUAAAGAUUUGUUUAUGCUUAUUUGAUUAUUCAGUUUGCUGGUACAGAUUAUUUUAUUAUGCUUUUAAAGGGUGUGCUUGGAUAACGAGUCAAAAUCUGGCACUCAAAAGGAUAACUGAUUUGCUUAGCCAUGAACAACAGUGUUCCUGAUUGGAAUUUUGGGAGUGAUUCCUGCAUCACCACCAAUCAGAAGAAACCUAUGGGGGUGGACCAAGAACUUGUGGAGCUUCUGUGGCAAAAUGGCCAGGUAGUGUUGCACAGCCAAACUCAUAGAAAACCAGUUGUGAAUUCCAUCACACAAAGACCCCUUCAGAGGGCUUUUCAAUCAACAUUAAGGGCUAGUGAGCCAUUUGGGAACUCAAGUAACUUGAUUCAAGAUGAUGAGACAGUUUCGUGGAUCCAAUACCCUCUUGAGGAUCCAUUGGAACAAGAGUUCUGUUCAAACCUUUUAUCUGAACUGCCACAGUGUGAUGUUGAGUCCUAUAAGCAAAUCAAGCCAUUUGAAGAGGCAAAGUUUACCAAAUUGGAUGCUUCUGGUGCCCCCCAUGUGCUUGUAAGUUCACAAUCACCUACUGUGAAAUCCUCCUCUUUUCAGGAAUUCUCAGGAAUUCCUAUACCUGCUCCAAGAUUCCAUGUUUCUGAUUCACCUCAGAAAAAUAACAAUGAUUUGGGUGGUGGACCAUGUAAGGUCCAAAACUUCACUCACUUUUCACCUACCCUUAAUGUUUCUUCAGCAUUGCCUAAUGCGCAUUUUAGAGACAAAAUCACUGGUAACACGUCAAAAAAUGAGGUUAGAGAGUGCUCAUUGAUGACAGUUGGAUCAAGUUACUGUGGUAGCAAUCACAUGACCCAAGAUCCAGAUGCAAGCAGGGCAUCAAGCAAUGGUGUUUGGACUACUACUUUAUCUGUUGACCCUGAAGCUGUCAGAGAUCAUGUGCCAAGAACAAUUCCUCUGAGUGAGAAAGGGAAAUCAGAGAUGCUUGAACCAACUGCUACUUCUUCUUCUGGUGGCUCAGGUAGUAGUCUUGGAAAAACUUGUUCCUUAUCCACCAGAAACCAGAGCCAAAAAAGAAAAACAAUAGACGUGGAAGAAUCUGAGGAUCAUAGUGAGGACACAGAACUUAAAUCACCAGUUGGAAACAAGACAUCCCAACGGACAGGGUCGGCUAGAAGGAACCGUGCUGCUGAAGUGCAUAAUCUAUCAGAAAGGAGAAGGAGAGAUAGGAUCAAUGAGAAGAUGAAAGCAUUGCAACAACUCAUACCUCACAGUAGCAAGACAGACAAAGCAUCAAUGUUGGAAGAGGCAAUAGAAUAUUUGAAAUCACUUCAGUUACAACUUCAGCUAAUGUGGAUGGGAUCUGGCAUGGCACCAAUGAUGUUUCCAGGAAUCCAGCACUACAUGUCUCAAAUGGGUAUGGGAAUGGCUACAUCUCCUUUCCCUCCCAUUCAAAAUCCAAUGCAAUUACCAAGAGUACCUCUUGAUCAUCCUGUAUCUGCAUCUCAGACACCAAACCAGACAUUGAUGUGUCAAAAUCCUAUUCUGGGUGCCUUCAAUUACCAAAAUCAGAUGCAAAAUCCAGCUCUUUCAGAGCAAUAUGCACGUUACAUGGGGUAUCAUCUUAUGCAAAAUGCUUCUCAGCCAAUGAAUGUAUUCAGAUAUGGUCCCCAGGGAGUACAACAUAGUCAAACAAUGAUUACACCCAGCAACAGCAGUGGAAACAUGAGUGGAGCAGCAAACAUUGAUGAGGCUGUGAGUGGCAAAAUGGGUUCUUCCACCUUUAACUAAAUAGCAGCCAGCAUCUGAUACAAUACAUGAUAUGAUAUGAUCCUUAAUUGAAGGGUUUGGAUUGGAUGGGGGAAUCAACCCUGAAAGCUCCAAAUUUGUGUAGUUUGGUGGCCAUGCAAUUUGAGUUUGGUGUCUAAGUUUGAGAAAAAUUUGUAGUAGACAGGUCCUUGAUUAUGGGCCAGUUUUGUUCUCAGCUUCUGUGUCCCAUCAGGUAGAGCAUUCUGCACUGUUUCUAGAUCUGGGAAAGUAACAUCAUAGAGCUCAUUUUCUUUUUUUUGCAAUCAUUGUGUCUCAACUCAACUUCUCAUUAGAAAAACUAUUUUGCUCAAUCACAUAAACUAUGGAACAUAUAACAUUGUGCUU